AUGUAUGGACUCAUACUAGAAAAUUUAAGCCAGUAUGUAUCUACUACCUACGGUGAAAGUAAAUGGGAAGAAAUCAGGCGAUUGGCUGCUGUUGAUCAUGCCACUUUCAGUACACAUCAUGUUUAUCCAGAUAACUACAUUCCGCGCCUUACCUGCAAGGCGUGUAAGGUCUUGUCCGUCUCAGAAAGGGACUUCUUGGAAGGAAUGGGAGUGUAUUUUGUAUCAUAUGUAGGACAAUACGGUUACGAUAGAGUUCUGUCAGUUCUUGGACGUUAUAUGCGGGAUUUUCUUAACGGUUUGGAUAAUCUUCACGAGUAUCUUAAAUUCAGUUAUCCACGUAUGAAAGCUCCUUCAUUCUUCUGUGAAAACGAAACUUCGACCGGUUUGACACUUCAUUAUCGAAGCACCAGGAAGGGUUUCCUUUGGUACACCAUUGGACAGAUUAAAGAAGUGGGUAGACAUUUCUAUAAUACGAAAGUUGAAGUGGAAGUAUUGAGAAUAACCACGAGUUUAGACAAUUUACACGUUAUGAUGCAGUUGACCUUUGAUAACAGAGCAUUCCAAGCGGAGCAAAAGCAUCAAGUGCACAGUGUGGACAGUUUCAUGUUACCGGUCAAGGCCUAUCUCUUUCUACAGAUCUUCCCUUUUUGUAUUGUAUUCGAUCAACAUCUGGUCAUCAGGACAAUCGGUAACAGUCUUCAAGCUGUGAUGCCCAAUAUUAUUGGAAGAAAGAUCCCUCAAGUGUUCGAUUUGACCAGACCUUUAAUCGAUUAUACUUGGAAGGCGAUUUUGGGCCACACAAACAAUAUAUUCGAGCUAACGUCAAUUGAACCAAUCAGAAAGAAAGAUAACAACGAAAAUCACGUAACACACGUGAGAACUAAAUCCGAAAUGGAAUCAUCCGAAGACGAAGAAUACGAUGAUUCGAAAAACGAAGAUAAACUUCUACUCUUAAAAGGGCAGAUGAUGUAUAUGGAAGAAUGGAAGAGUAUAGUUUAUCUCGGGACACCAGUUAUGAGAGAUUUGGAUGCCAUGCUUCAUACAGGUCUUUACAUUAAUGACCUCAGUAUGCAUGAUUUUAGUAGAGAUAUGGUUUUGGCAGGCCAACAACAAUCUGCUGAACUUAAAUUAGCAUUAGAUCAGGAAUUACAAAAGAGUAGGCAACUAGAAGAAUCGAUGAGGAAGUUAGACAUUGAGAUGAAACGAACUGAUGAACUCCUCUAUCAGAUGAUACCCAAACAAGUUGCAGAUAGAUUAAGAAGAGGAGAAGCUGCUGUAGAUACUUGUCAAUACUUUGAUUGUGUUACCAUUUUAUUCAGUGAUGUAGUGACAUUUACUGAAAUUUGUAGUCGUAUAUCUCCUAUGGAAGUUGUAUCCAUGUUAAAUGCUAUGUACAGUUUAUUUGAUCAACUUACUGAAAAACACGGUGUAUAUAAGGUAGAAACAAUAGGAGAUGCUUACAUGGUGGUGUCAGGUGCACCCGAACACGAUCCUAAACACGCUGAGAAGGUGUGUGACAUGGCUUUAGACAUGGUCGUCGUUAUUGGUGGACUUAAAGACCCUUCUACAGGAAGAAGUUUAAGGAUACGUGUUGGUGUACACUCUGGUGCAGUAGUUGCUGGAGUUGUGGGACUUAAAAUGCCAAGGUAUUGCUUGUUUGGUGACACAGUUAAUACCGCAUCCAGAAUGGAAAGCACUAGUGAUGUGUUUAAGUUCUGA